GUGUGAGGUUCGGCCAGGACCAGAAUUCCUCACCCGUUCCUAUAUAUUCUAUGCCAACCGCCUCUUCAAAGCCUAUCAGUUCUACUAUCGAGACCCUUCAUGCCGGGACCCCACCUACUCCCUAGUCAUCAAAGGCAAAAUCCGGCUCCGCCAGGCCUCCUGGAUCACCCGUGGUGCUACGGAAGCCGACUACCACCUUCACAAAGUUGGCAUCGUCUUCCACAGCCAAGGGGCCAUGCAGGAAACGGUUGCCCGUAUCAACCAGACGUCGGGAGAGCAGUGCAGUGGAUUCUUGUCACCUGGGCGGACAUGGACACCAGGUGCCCUCUAUGAGCUUCUGAGUGCCAAAGCAGAGCGGGAUUGCACAGCCGGUCUGGGAUUUGCCAUGCACGAACUGAGCCUGGUACGGGUGGAGAAGUACGAGCAGCCCUUGCUGCUCCAGAAAAGCCAGGGCAGCAGGGACGUGGAGGAGCUGUACCUGGGGGACAUCCACACAGAGUGGUCAGAGAGGCUCCAUUAUCGGCCAACAGGAUACCAGCGCCCCCUGCAGAAUGCCAUG